AUGAAGAUCGAGACAUUGCGGAUGUAUGCUCCUGAUGUAAACGACCGGUUUCUUGCCUUGUCAAGGGCUGGUCCUAAUGACUUUUACUUCACUGUGGCUUCCAGCAGUCUUUUAGUUCUAUGUGAUGUAAGGAAGCCUUUGAUGCCAAUAUUGCAAUGGAAGCACAACAUUGAUGAACCAUACUACAUGAAUGUAUUAAGCUUGUCUAUGUUAAGAUCUCACUCAAAGGUAGAUAAUUUUAAGCUGGCUUCUGAAAUGGGGUUUUGCAUUAUCUUGGGAUCAUUUUGGAAUUUUGAGUUCAAUAUAUUCUGCUAUGGACCUACAUUUCCAUUUCAGAAAGGUUCUAUUACUUCGAAGCUUUCGAAGAUUAGCACAACAUUCUGUGCUUGGGAGCUUCCAUCUGAGAUCAAUUUAUCUAGUCGCGAGUGUCAUUGUGGAAUUUGUUUGUUUAGGGAAGAGUUGUCAAAUGAUGCACUUCCUGAGUGGAUUGAUUGGCAGCUAAAGAAAGAGAUGGUUUUGGGAUUUGGCAUUGUAAGCAAUGACCUUGCUUCCUUACUCCAUGAACCAGAUGAGCAUGGUGGUUUUACACUAGUAAGGAUAAUGUCAUCAGGAAGGUUUGAAUUGCAGAGAUAUCAUGCCUCUUGGUCUCUGGAUAGAAAAUUGGAAGAUUGCCACAAAGCAAAUUUAUGUAUGGAGUCACACUUGUUGUGUCCCAGGAAUGUUAAGGAAAACAAAUCUGUAGAACUUCAUUACUUAAAACUGGAUUACCUAUGUGCUUAUGCAAAUGGUAAUCUUGCUCAAGUCCUUACAACAAAAUUAGACAAGACAUAUUCAAAUGAUCAAGAGGAGGCGCCUUUUUGUUUAGAAGUUCAUGAAUUAUUAUGUAAGAAAUUAAAUGCUUGUGGAUUGGGCCAUUCAAGAUCAUCUCCAACAAUUACUUCUAUUUUUAACGAUGUCAAGCUACCAGCUAGCUUCCACGAGGUUGCCUUAAGAAAACUAUGGAUCGACUUGCCUUUGGAGUUACUACAGUUAGCAUUCUUGAGUUAUUCUGAAUGUCGUGAAGUCAAUGGAUUCAACCAACACCAGACAAAUUCCCACACACAAAAUCAACAAAGCAACUUGCCCCAACCUUACACCAAAAUGGAAUAG